GGGACGAAUUGAUGCUGAAUUGAAGAUGUGACUCUAAUGCAUCCACGACUCUUCCAAAACCGUCGGCUUGCAUUCAUCCGACCAUGACAGCAGCGGUUAUUUGACUUGGCCAGGAUGCGCAUCCUUCAUCCAACCACGUUCUAAUUUUAUUUUCUCGUCUCAAAUCAUCAUAGCCAACGUUCACAAGAUGGCCAUCUUCACCAAAAUCAGCAUCGCAGCCACCGCCCUCCUCGCGAUCCUCUUCCAGAUCUACCUCAAAGAAGCAAUAUGGCUUGGUUUCGGCAUAAACAGAACCAUCCAACCGCUCAGUGACUUCCCCUACCAAUGCCGUAAAAUCGUGCAUCAUCGGCUGGAAGCUUGCGAGGACAUGUACUUAUCACAAUCCACGCGCCAAUUGUUCCUCGCGUGCUCGGAUCCAUUUGCACGAGGGCAAUGGCAGCCAAAUGUUGGGUAUCGCAAUGUUUCGGGUCGAUCGCAGCGCGACGCUAUCGUUGCGCUGGAUAUCGAUAAGCCAGCUGAUAACGGCUUUGAGUUCCGAACGCUGAAAACACCCGAUUUCGAGGGUACAGCUGGUGAUGGACUGAGCAACCUCGCUGGUUUCUCUGGCGUGGAGCAAGGCAAUGGCGAUAUUGAUUUAUUUCUCGUCAAUUUGCGACCUUCGAUCGACGCAGACGGAAAAUUGGUAGAUCAAUACUUUCAUGGUGGAAACGCGACUAUCGAGCACUUUGCUACUGGCCCCCAAGCCACGGAGAUGAAGCAUGUUCGGACCUAUGCUAACCAUGGAAUUGCCACUCCAAACCGUGUUGCGGCGAUGAAUGAUAAAUCGUUUUAUAUCAGCAAUGAUCACGGCCCCUAUAAAUUCGGCUGGCGGCAUCAUUUGUCCAUGAUUCUAGGCUUCUCCGACGUAACCUUCUGCGAUACUCAAUCCUGCAAAACGGUUGCACCAAACCUCCAAUUCCCAAACGGUCUCGCCAUAAAAGACAACAUCCUCUACCUCCCAGACUCCAUAACAGGUCGUUUAUACAUCUACCGCAUCCUUCCCAACAAAGACCUAGAAAAGAUUAACGAAGUCAACCUAGGCUAUGGAGUUGAUAAUGCAUCGAUCGAUGAGAAUGAUGAUAUCUGGAUCGCUGCAUUUCCUAUAGGCGUUGAGAUCUUCAAAGCGUAUGAUGACCCGUACAGUGCUCAUCCGCCUAGUGCUGUGUUGAGAGUUAGGAGAGUUGAGGGGGAGUAUGCUGUUGAGAAAGUGCUUGAGGAUGCGGAGGGAGAAGUUUUGCCCGCUGCUACGACGGUUGUGCAUGAUGUCAAGACCGGAAGGCUUUUCUUGAGCAGCGUCAUUUCACCGUUCAUCGCUGUUUGCGAACCAAAGUUGUAGACAUAAGCUAUUGCUGGCCAUAUACAUAGUUCAUCGGCAUCAACUCAACUCCACUCAGUUUGCAGCCCUUGCCGAUGUUCUUAUCGCAGACUCAUUUGACUCGGCACAGACGGCCAUUAUCGAUCUGUUGCCACUUCUCACUUCCGACACAAGGGAAGCACCAUAAAACGUCACCAGGAUCAAUGCUCCCCUUGAUCGAUAAAAGUUUCUCGUAUUUCUUGCCCCAAAAGGCAUGCUGCCAGUCUGGCUCG